AUGAGCGGCGGCGUUGAUAUCAUGGACAGAUUCUGGAGCACGCCUCCGGUUACUCGGACUAUUGUAGCGGCGAUGUUUGUAGAAUCUGCACUGGUCCAUUCGGGUCUGGUAUCUUUCAGGUGGAUCUUGUAUUACACACCGUGGAUAUUCAAGUUCCCCCCUGAGAUUUGGCGGCUACUUUCCUGCUUCCUUCUGACCGGUGGUGGCUUUUCCUUUGUCUUCGACCUCUAUUUCAUGUACACAUAUGGCUCCGGCCUAGAACUGAAUUCUCCUCGAUUCACGCAACCGGGGGACUUCUUCACCUAUGUCUUUUUUGUGGCGACUGCCAUCUUGGCGUCUGGAGGCCUCGUUCUAGGUGGCCGUGUUCUUACGCAAGCCUUACUCCUUGCCUUCAUUUACACUUUCGCCCAAGACAACCGGGGCAAGAAAGCACAUUUCGUCAUUCUCCAAAUCCCUGUCGAGCUGCUUCCAUGGGCCAUGCUCACGCUGACCCUAAUAAUGGGUGGUCCGCAAGCAGCUCUAGAACAGGCCACUGGUGUCUUUGCCGCCCACCUCUACGACUUUCUGACAAGACUGUAUCCGACUUUCCAGGGUGGGAGAAAUUACAUACAAACUCCAGCAGCAGUCAGGAGAUAUUUCGGCGCAGAUAGAAGCUCAUUCACUCACAAAGCUUAUGGAACGAGCUUCAGACCUGGCCAAAAUAUCCCCCAACAGCAGAGUCGCGGUUGGACUAGUGGCUUUUCAAACUCGUGGAGUGGUUGUCCUUUCAUUUCUACCGACACAAUGGGCCGGUUCCUCAUCUUUUCUUCUUUCAGUCUCUCUCUUUUGCUCUUGCCAGGCGUCCUCGCUGGCUUUGAACCAAGCCACAAUCUUCCAUCAUUGGCAUUCGCCGCAGCUCUUUGCGUCCCGGGCCUUUUCGUCCCUGGCGUCUCAGGCUAUGUGCUGCCAGUGACGCCUUCCCGUGAGGAGAUGGCAUGGAGACGUGACUCUCUCCUCCCACGAGCGCACAAGCAUUCCAACAAGAACAAAGACAAUGGUGCUGCUGCUGCCGCUUCAAGCAAUCAAACUGUAGUCGACGCCGCCGCUGCUUGUAUGGUUGCGGCGAUGGAAGCUGCUGUCAACCAGACCGGCGUAGCCAACGUCACCGAGGCCGUGGCCGUGAGCAACACCACCAUGGCCGACAUCGUCAGUGCGUGUGCCGGAAACUCUACGGACUUGGUCCAGGCUGUGGCUGUGGCCAUGAACGAGACGGCAGCCUCAGCCAACGUCACCAGCGACACAGCCGCAAGCAAUGUUACAGCUGACGCAACUUCAACCAAUUCCACUUCCUCGUCGACCGACACCGAUACUGGGAAUGGAAACAAUGGCAAUGGCGACAGCGACAGCAACGGCACCGGCGGGGGUCGAGACAAAAACAACAACAACAACGACAACAAUAACGCCAUUAACGUGGUCAUCGACGACGCAUUGCAAGUCAUCAACAAUGUUAUAGGCAAGCGGGGCCUCUCUGACGAGCUCGUCAAGAAAACGAAGCGUGAAAACACGAAAUAUCGGGAUAGCGUGGUGCGCAAGAAGUGGGUCGCCGGGCUGGAUGAACGGGCAUUCUGA